AUGUUUCGACUAAUAAUCUUUGGGUUUUCUUUACUUAUUUCCAUAAUUGCUUGGCCGGAUCAAGACAAAAUCCCACCAUUGCCCCUCAUCAACUUCACCGUUAACUUUCAACAGUACUCCGGAUAUUUGCAAGCAUCAGCAACAAAACGCUUUCAUUACUGGUUCACAUUCUCGCAAAGAGAUUACACGAGAGAUCCGGUGAUUUUGUGGUUAAACGGUGGACCGGGAUGUUCAUCACUUGAGGGACUUCUUGAAGAAUUAGGCCCGUUCAAGAUCGGCGACAAAGCGAGUGUCGUCUACGCGAAUCCAUACAGUUGGAAUAAGUUUGCUUCCGUUGUUUUCAUCGAAUCACCAGCCGGUGUCGGUUUCUCCUAUUCGACCGAUCAAAAUGUGACCACUGAUGACGAUGAAGUCGCUCAGAAUAACUACGAUGCUUUGAUUGACUUCUUCAAUAAGUUCCCGGAUUUCAGAGACAGGGAUUUUUACAUUACAGGCGAAUCUUAUGCUGGCGUCUAUUUGCCAAUGGUUGGAGCAAAAAUUGUGAAAGACAAGCAGAAUUUCCCGAAUUUUAAGGGAAUGGCUAUUGGAAAUGGGGCGUUGAAUUGGCCAAACAAUUAUGGAACGAUGGUACCAUUGUACUACUAUCAUGCGCUUGUUAGACAAGAACUCUGGGACACGAUUGCCGGGAAAUGUUGCAACAACGAUAUGGUGAAUUGUCCGGUGUUCACGCUGUUCAAGACGAAUCCCGGGUGUCGAACAAUGCUUAUUGAGCUACUGGAUGGAACUGAUGAGCUGGAUCCCUACAAUCUCUACUCAAGUUGUUAUCUUGAUGGGAGCACAAACUCGAAAAGAAAUCACAUCGAGAGACACUAUCGAAAAAUGAUCGACCGUCCGUUGAGAAGCAUCAAGAAGAGGCCUGGGGUGCCUCUAUGUGCUCAAGACACAAACACUGAAACCUAUUUGGCGAGAAGAGACGUUCGACAAGCACUCCAUAUUCCCGGGCUGUUGCCUGAUUGGCAAGAGUGCAGUGAUCCCGUUGAGCAAGCAUACGGUACAACGCAUUUCGACAUGACACCCGAGUUCCUGGCCGUCAGUGAUUCAGGCGCCCGUGUGUUGGUUUAUAAUGGCGACGUGGACACGGUCUGUAAUCACGUGAUGAAUCAGAAUUUCCUCACAAAUCUCAACAAAACGAUCUUGGGAAAUGAGACUGUGAAUGCGGCUUGGUACUACGCAAUGGAAACACCCAAUGUUGCCGGCUUUGUCACGCUCUAUUCAGGAGGAAUCGAUUAUGUGACCAUUCGAGGAUCAGGCCAUUUCGUCCCGGAAGAUAAACCAAAAGAAUCCCUUCAAAUGAUCUACAAUUGGAUCAACAAACUCGAUUACAGUAUUCCGGUGCCUCAAUUU